AUCUUCUCCAUCGUGGUGUUUGGCUCCAUUGUGAAUGAGUGCUACGUGAACAAGGACAGCACGAGCCCCGAGCUUCUCUGCAUCUUCAACAAGAAUGAGAGUGCCUGCAGCUACGGCAUCGCCGUUGGCAUCAUUGCCUUCUUUGGCUGUAUCUUCUUCCUUGUCGUGGACCUCUACUUCCAGCAGAUCAGCAGCGUGAAGGACCGCAAACGGGCCGUCCUGCUGGACCUCGGCUUUUCAGGUUUCCUGUCCUUCCUGUGGUUCGUAGCCUUCUGCUUCCUAGCAAACCAGUGGCAACGGACAACGAUGAGCAAAGGGGUUUCUCAAGGAGCAGACGCCGCCCGGGCAGCAAUCACCUUCUCCUUCUUCUCCAUCAUCGUCUGGGUCGCGCUGGCGGUGAAGGCUCUGCAGAGAUACCGCCUGGGGACGGACCUGUCGCUCUUUGCCACCGAUCAGUUUGCCACCGACCUUUUUUUCCCCACCGGCAGCGGCAUCGAGAGCACAGAGACCUACCAGAGCCCCCCCUUCACCGAGACCUUAGAGGCCAACCCCAAAGGUUACCAAGUGCCAGCGUACUGAGGGGCGAGG